AUGACAGGGCUGUGGAGGGGUCUGGGGAUCAGACAGGGCUGUGGAGGGGGUCUGGGGAUCAGACAGGGCUGUGGAGGGGGUCUGGGGAUCAGACAGGGCUGUGGAGGGGGUCUGGGCAUCAGACAGGGCUGUGGAAGGGGGUCUGGGGAUCAGACAGGGCUGUGGAAGGGGGUCUGGGGAUCAGACAGGGCUGUGGAGGGGGUCUGGGGAUCAGACAGGGCUGUGGAGGGGGUCUGGGGAUCAGACAGGGCUGUGGAGGGGGUCUGGGCAUCAGACAGGGCUGUGGAAGGGGGUCUGGGGAUCAGACAGGGCUGUGGAGGGGGGGGUCUGGGCAUCAGACAGGGCUGUGGAAGGGGGUCUGGGGAUCAGACAGGGCUGUGGAAGGGGGUCUGGGAAUCAGACAGGGCUGUGGAAGGGGGUCUGGGCAUCAGACAGGGCUGUGGAGGGGGUCUGGGGAUCAGACAGGGCUGUGGAGGGGGUCUGGGCAUCAGACAGGGCUGUGGAGGGGGUCUGGGCAUCAGACAGGGCUGUGGAGGGGGUCUGGGCAUCAGACAGGGCUGUGGAGGGGGGCUGGGCAUCAGACAGGGCUGUGGAGGGGGUCUGGGCAUCAGACAGGGCUGUGGAAGGGGGUCAGACAGGGCUGGAGGGCUGGGGGGGUCUGGGCAUCAGACAGGGCUGUGGAAGGGGGUCUGGGCAUCAGACAGGGCUGUGGAGGGGGUCUGGGGAUCAGACAGGGCUGUGGAGGGGGUCUGGGCAUCAGACAGGGCUGUGGGAGGGGGUCUGGGCAUCAGACAGGGCUGUGGAAGGGGGUCUGGGGAUCAGACAGGGCUGUGGAGGGGGUCUGGGGGAGGGGUCUGGGCAUCAGACAGGGCUGUGGUGGGGGGUCUGGGCAUCAGACAGGGCUGUGGAGGGGGUCUGGGCAUCAGACAGGGCUGUGGAGGGGGUCUGGGCAUCAGACAGGGCUGUGGAGGGGGUCUGGGCAUCAGACAGGGCUGUGGAAGGGGGUCUGGGUAUCAGACAGGGCUGUGGAAGGGGUCUGGGCAUCAGACAGGGCUGUGGAGGGGGUCUGGGCAUCAGACAGGGCUGUGGAGGCUUGAAGAGUUACGUUCACCAGGGCUUCCAGGCCCCAUUGACUCUCAAUGA